GGACAGCUGCAGUGGACCCAUCCCAAAUGGAUUGCACGUUUUGCUCUAUUGCUCUUAUUCUCCUUCCUCCAUCCACUUUCAUCCCUGCCACCCUCUUCUUCAUCUCGGUCAUCCUUCAUCAUCUCCCAUCCUCCAUCCCCUUUUCCCUCAUCUUCGUCUUCAUCCACACCCACACCCACACCCCUCCUGACGCCCACUGUCCAAGAACAAAAAAGAAAAAAACUUGUUUUCCGCCUAUUUUUAUUCAUAUUUCUAUUACCAUCAUCAUUUCCGAUAUUAGAACGCUUCUUUGUUCCGCCACUAUCAUACCUCCCCCGCUGCCAUCCUACCUCCUCCCCACGUUUAGCUUGUUCUUCACGUCAAUUUAUUUCAUCCUAAUUAUUUAUGACAACCCCACGGCUUAGCAUGUGGUCGACAGGGGUAUCUCGAAAGCAUAUCGCCCAUAUCCUUCCAUGGGUGGCAGCAAUCCUGGCCUUGAUUCUGGUCGUUUCAACCCCUGUACACUCAAUACCCGUCUUACAAUCAAGGGGUCAGGACGAUCUUUAUCGCCGGGCCGAUCCUCUCACCCCCAAUGCGCCCAAGAAACCCAAUGCCACAGGGAAAAAGCCGCAAUAUAGCUUCGAGAUCUUCAAUCCAGAGCCUCACGAUGUCUGGAUAUCCGGCACUAUUCAGAGCUUCAGCUGGGCUGACCUAUCACUUCCACCAGGUGCAACCUUCGACAUCACCUUGAUCCCAGUGGAAGUAGAAACAAACCCAGAGGCAAAGAAAAUCACACGGCGGCCCAUUCUGCGUUACGUUGACGCGAUGACUCGGGUCCUGGAUUUUGUGGUACCUUAUGAUCUGAUCUCGAGGGACCAAUUGAUCCAUGAACAGGAGGGCGACGCCAAGGUCGUGUUGGAAAAUGAACAGACAACUCCCGAACAAGACAUAUACGAAGACGCUCCAUCGAUAGCAAGGCCAUCGGCAGUAGCAGCUCCGGAUGACACGACAACAGACGCACCUUCACCAACGCAACCGCCCAAGAAUAUCCGAUCGUUGGCUCGACUCUAUUUCACAGCGUAUGAGGGUAGGACGAACAAGAUACUGGCGCAGAUGAGCGUCUUUCCGAUUGAGAUUCAAAAGGACCACGUGCGGGACCAGCGGACGCUGUUAGCUCCGGCAGAUUUGUCUUCGCCAAUCCCAGGUGUUGACGAGACCACGGAGGAAUUGUCGAAGAAGGAUACGAAAAUCACUCACUUCGGGGACCACACCCAAGGCGUCGACCAAAAUCAAGGGACCGAGAGCGAGGAGGAUAAGGACGAGGACGACGUUGAUGAUACCGAUGAUGAGGAUGACCUGUUUUCGGAACUCAAUGGUGACGAUGACGAUGUCACUGAUACCCCUGCACCAGAACAAAUGGAAAGCGGAGAGGAUGAGAGCGUGUUUAUGGAGAGUAACUCUACGGAUAUAGGGCACAUGGGUCAUGAUUACCAAGAUUUAGAAUCCGAGGACGAGGACGAGGAGGGCGAGGGGGACGAGGACGAGGAGAUGCACCAUCACGGAGAUCACAUCAUGGACCCAGACCAUUUCGAAAACGACGAGGAUGUCCAGCUUUGGCAGGAUCACGCGGAUGAUCCAGGCUAUAACCCGCCGAUCAAGGUGAUCGAUGCAGGCAUGAUCGCGAUCACACAUUGGAUCGAUAACAAAGAACGCUUCUUUGUAGGAGCACCCUAUGUCUUUGGCUGGGAGUUCCCACAGGACGCUAAAGGAUUGACGGGCGUAGUCAAUGUUUAUGUCGAGGAUGCAUUCACUGCAAAGAGAUACGACAUUGCGGUGGGUAACUUGCCGAGUGAUAUCCGGUUCAUGUAUCUGCGUCCGACAGCGAUCAUGAUGAGCGCUAGCCCCAAGAAGAGGGUCUAUUUGCGUGCCAGAGUCGAGAUGGAUCUGUUCAAGGGGGGCAACAUUCAUCGGUACACGGGCUUUUCGAAGGUAUUCUGGGUAGAGCGCGGGGCGCUCUAAGCCCUUUGCAUUUAAUAAAAAAAAAAC